AUGAGUAAAAUCAUUUAUGGAAGUCUUUCGCUGAUCAUGUGCAUCCUUGGAAUUGUUGGGAAUUCUAUGAUAAUUAUUGCAGUCAAGAAAAAACGGUAUCUUCGCUCAACAACGAACUAUCUUCUUCUUAACCUGGCCAUCUCAGAUCUCACAAGUUUGUUUUUUCUUCUGUUAAUGGCGGCUGGAUCAGCACUUGUUUUAAAGAAUGGUCCUCUCUCGGACUUUCUCUGCAAAUUUUUCAUAGCAUACCACGUACCAUUCACAGCAAGUCUUGUAUCAAUUCUAACUAUUUUAGUUUUAGCUAUUGAAAGAUAUUUCGCAAUUGUAAAACCAAUGCGAUCUGGACUGAGGCUUCGAGAAGACAACGUCCAUUUUGUUAUAAUAGCGGCAUGGGUAACAGGAUGUAUCGUGUCCCUUCCAUACUAUGUCUUUGGUAGCUACAAUGGAAAGUCAAAAAAUUGCUCUUACAGAAAUCUAUCCCACCAAGACCAAGCUAUAUUUGUUGUCGUAGUUCAAAUCAUUUUCGUGUUUCUCCCCUUCAUUAUCACUACAUUUUGUUAUUUCCAAAUUGUUCGUGAUAUAUAUUUCCAAAACACUGUGAGGCCGCAAAACAUCCCAGCUCGAAGAGACGCUGUGUCAAGACGAAAAUUGCUCAGGCUUUCUCUGUCUAUUACCGUAGCAUUUGCUUUAUGCUUUAUACCUUUAAGCAUCACUUUAGUUAUGGCAGCAUUCCGCGACGAAUCCAGAUUUGGGCGUAGAUACUACAAAUAUGCUAGUUUUCUAUAUUUUGGACAAUCUGCACUGAAUCCACUUUUGUAUGCUUGGCAGAGUACAAAUUUUAGGCAGGCAUUCAAGGAGCUAUUAAGGACAGUUUUACCAAGAAUAGAGGGCCCGAGACAGAGUCAUGCGACAUAG